AUGACUUCGCUCUUUGGUAAAAAGCACCGAUCAUCAGCUUCAACUUCAUCCAAUCAUGGCGCACCUUCGCCCAACGGUCUCGGGUCAUCCGUGCCGUACAACCAACUGCCCUCUUCUGGACCUCCGCCCAUCGCAGGACCAUCGUCAAGGAGUAGUAAUGACGUAUCGGGCAGAAUGAUUAGUCCUCCAAACACAAAUCCCAUGUUGACUGAUCGAGGCACACCGAGUCAUAAGAGUAAAAGGACGGAUGAUCUGCCCAUGCCUUCUGGUAGGCGCAGAUCAAAUAGAGACGAAGUGGAAAGAGAUAGAAGGUCAAACAUGACAGAUCCUGGUGCAGGAAGGAUUUCACCCGAUCUCGCAGGUCCUUCAAAAAGGAUCACAAUGGAAGCUGUCGGUGGAGUCAGAUACAACCAACCUGGAAUAGUCCUCGAUACAUCUUCAACCACAGGUAUACGUUAUCAGCCACCUUCCGUCGUCUCUCAGAAUACUCAGGGUAUGGGUAGAUCUCCAGCUCCUCAAGAUUUUGGUGGUCAAGCAACACAUCCUUAUGCCGUUGGAUACGGACUACAGGAUCCCGAAACAAUAUCCAUCAGAUCUGUCUCUUCAAUCAAUUCCCAACGUCCUAAUCGAGACGGUCGAUAUCCCACCUUUGACGGUGCCCCUCCUGCAAGAUCAAGUGUAUCUAGCCGGCAUGGCUAUCCAUCAACUAAUGGUCGAUCUACCCCUAUCGCAUCCGCUUCAACCACUUCUCUCGUUCCCCAUACACCGAGACAAGAUGAAUUUCACUUUCCACGCCCAACGGAUCCCGAGGUGGAACAUUUAUUUCAGCAACUAUUGGAAAACAGAGAUUUAGACACUUCUCAACCUAAAGGAGUUCCAUCAAUAUCGUCAAGAAGCUCAAUAUCAUCCACGAUAUCCAACAUAGCUAAAACUGCUGCUGCUAUUCCUGUAGAAUCCAAGUGGCAGAUGGUGGAGGCGGAUGCGCGGAAUAGGUUUGAAAAUGCCAAGCUGGCUCGACGGAAAGAAGAGGAGUUGAAUAAGAUGAGCAAGGGAAAGAGGGUUGAUGCUCGUUCAUUGGACAGAACGACCGCUGAGUGGUAUCUCACGAAAGCUUUGGAUGGGAAGUUAACAGCAGAUCAUUUAAGGGCUUUAGAUAUCAGCUUAAGAUCAGAGCCACUCGAUUGGAUGCACAACUUUAUGGCACAUCAGGGACAAGUUGUCCUCGCGAAUUAUCUGAAUGGUAUAACUCAUAGAAAGGGGAAAGGACCAGUGGAUGCAGGAUUGGAGCUGGAGCUGUUGAAAUGCUUGAGGAGGUCUUUGGGCAAUAAAUUCGAAGCAACCAUCGACGGUCGAGGGAGAAUGGGCAGUAUGGUAGGAUUGAGCAAAGAUCUGAAAGGAAUGGAUGACGACUCUUUAAUGGAUUAUUGCGUUACGAUGCUUUGCCUCGUUCAAGGUCUGACAUCAGCUAAAGAAGUCAAAGCAAGAUGUUCUGUUCGAGCCCAAUUAGAGACUGCAGGUCUCCUUAAUGUAUUCCACAAAGUCAAACAGUGGAACGAUGAUCAUACGACUCGCAUGAUCAUGCAAUAUGAAGAAGAAGCGGAGAAUGAUCGUCGUGAUCUCAUCGACGCAGAGGAUAGGGAAAUGCUCAAGUCCAUGAGAAGUCCUGAAGAUGUUUUCCGCGCACUCUUGCAGAUGACCAAAGGUUCCAAAGCUAGUGCAUAUCUUCUCAACUCGCUAAGACACCUGCUGCUAAUCAAGGGUGAAGGCGAAGAGAAAACCAGAUAUUUUCAACUGCUAGACAAACUCAUAACUAGCAUUGUCAUGAGUGACACUCCCGAUCUCAGCCAAGACUUCUCUCGUGCCUUCGGCAUAUCAGUCUCGCAUCUCGUUGGUAAAUUCAUCGAACAAGACCGUCUCGACGAAGCUAUGGUAGAGCUCAAAGGCACUAAAGUCGCUCUUGCUCGAGUUCAGGAAGAGAAGAGAAAUCUGCAAGAUGAGGUAUCUGCUGGUGACGACGGGCUUGUUGGUAAACUGAAAGCUCAAGUGAUUGAUCUGGAGGAGAAGUUGAGACGAUCAAGAGCUGCUACGGAAACUGUGACCGAUCAAAUGGAGGGAAUGAAACGGGAUUACGAGCAACGCAUAGCUGAUCUUGAAUUGUAUAUACAAGAACUCUUCAACAUGCUUCGUGAAACCAAUCACCUGGAUCAAGUGCAAGAGAUGACACAUGGUCCCAUCGAUAGGAAGAAACUCAUACAUGAUCUGCGAGAACAGUGGGAAAGGAAAAAGACGAUUAGAAAACUUGAGGGGAAAGCCAAAAGGAAAACAGCCAGACCUGGUUCGACCAUUGCGGAGGAUGAUUCUGAGGACGACGGGGAAGACGAGGACGCUGAAGUAAUGGAAGCAGAGAAGGUAGCUUUGGGAGGCCAGGCCAAAGGAGAGGUAAAGAGUACAAAGAGGGAAACACAUCGAGAAAAGAAAGUACUGUCAGGAUCUCAAUUCAUGGACGCGGAAGAAGAGCGCUCUCCUAUACGUCCGCAUGGUUCAUCUUCGCGUACUGCUCGAAUCCGAGACGACCUCACACCUACUCGACGAGCAUUCGACGCCAAUGCUCCUCCAGUUGGAGAAAAAUCAAUUUAUCGUCAAUCUAAGAAAUCAGGUCUUCCUCCUAGGUUCCUCGAGGAGAUACGCUUCAAAGCUUUAUCCCGAAGUUCUUCGGCUCCCGCCGGUUUGGUUACUGACGACGAGCUGGACGAUGAUGACUAUAGAGAUAGUCAAUUUACCCAACGCACUGAUGGCACGGGAUAUACCUCAGGCAUGUCAUACGAACUUCGCACCCCUGGUAGUCGUGAUAGCUUUAGAGUCCAAGUUCUCAGUAGAGCCAAAUCACUUCGACACGGGAUCGACACAGAGGAUAUUCUUCCAGAAGAGUCCGGUAGUCUGCCUACCGUUCAAGAGGGACCGGAGAGCAGAAGAAGUCUGGGUCAGGCCAAAGAAGAUUUUGGUGGACGGUCGACAGCAGCUCCACUUCCUCCUCCUCCCCCACCCCCGCCUCCACCCCCACCACCACCCCCACCGCCUCCUCCUUCUUUCGCUUACGUACAAAGUGGAGCAGCUGUGGAAGGUAUAACCUCUCCCCCUCCUCCACCACCUCCGCCGCCACCUGGUGUGUUUGGCCCACCCGUAGGUUCGUCGAUAGGAAUGUCAGGUCUUCUGGCUGGUAUCAAAGGCGGUGUAUCGCUCAAAAAGACAGCUGGAGCACAAGCUCCACCUCCGCCACCUCCAGCCCCAAUAUCGCCAAAUUCCCUCCCUACAGUCGCUCGAGCCCCUCUCGGAUCAUUCAGCUCUUUGCUACACGGAUCCAAUGACUCCCGUAAAGAUAUCGGUCUCAUUGCUAGCAAGAAGAUGAAGCAGCUACAAUGGGAAAAAGUAUCCAAAAAUCAACUGGCAAAGACAAUCUGGGGUCAAGGUGAUGAGGUGGAGAGUGAGCUGGUGGAUAAAAUGAAAGCCGUCAACUUGUGGGAUGAAAUGGAAGACGAGUUCAAGGCAAAAGAGAUCAUCUAUGAUGCUGUCAAAAAGAGAAAGGAGACUGAACUUCAAAGUGUCCUCGGCCCUGAUCAUCGGAAGAGAAUUGAAAUUCUCAUGGCUGGAUCUACUGCUAAAAGCUUCAAGGACCCGGAAAGGCUGUCGGAAGCUAUUGCGAACUUCUCCAGUGAACUCUGUACUGAAACCUUCCUGCGUGAACUGCAAGGCGUUUUGCCUAAUGACGAUGACCGAGGUAAACUCCUGACUCACUCCGCCGAUACUGAAUCCGAGCUCGAAUUGCUUCAUCCAGCCGAUCGACUUAUGGUCCGACUGAUUCAACUCCCCCAUCUCAACGACAGAGUCAAGGGGAUGUUAUUCGAAGUUCGAUUUGCUCAAAACAUGGAUCUCCUCGAACAGAGCUUGAUAACGCUCAAGGCCGCGUGUCACGAUCUCCGACAUGCGGAGCGCUUCCAGAGACUGCUUAACGUAAUCCUUACCAUCGGUAAUUAUCUAAACGGAACUAAUUUUGCUGGUGGUGCAUUUGGUUUCAAGAUUGCCAGUAUCAAUAGACUGGUUGACACCAAAUCGAGCGGCGGGGGGAACUUGUUACAUUUCCUGGAAAAGACUGUCUCUCAGCAUUUCCCCGAUCUGGAUGGUUUCAUGGAAGAGUUAGCGAAACCCUCGGAAGCAUCUCGAGUCAACUAUGCUGAUAUGCAAGGCACUUCGAAACAUAUGCUCGAUGAAAUACGCAAAAUUAGAGAUUCUUUACGAAACAACUUUGAAGAAGGAGUUGACGGUUACACAAAGAAGAUGUUCCGUUUCUCCGCUGUGGCUGAAGAAAGAUUGCAAGAUCUAAGAGAUGGUAUCAUUGCUGCUGACAAGGAUCUUCGAGAUGUCGAAACAUAUUACGGGGAAGGCGAAGAGAUGGGUAGACCUCUGCAAAGUCAAGAUUUCUUUGGCAUUUUCAGAACUUUCACGUCAUCAUACCGAUUCUGUCGAUCUCAGAAUAGGGCUCGAGCAGAAGAAAGCGCCGCUCGAGAGAGAAGGGCCGCAGCGAAAGCAGCGCUCUCACCUCAGUCGACCGGAGUUUCGACAGCUUCACGUGAUCUUAUCGAUGGCACGAUGCAGCGUCUCAAGGUCGAAGGUACACCUCGAGUGAAGCGUGAACGACGCGCUCAUCUACCACCUCCAAGUCCUCUUCCUCAAACGACCGACUUCUCAGACUUCAUGAUUCCGCUUCAGACCGGGGACACAGACACACUCGACUUCGGAUCGUUGGCUCAACGAAUGAUGUUGGACGAAAACUUCUUCCCUGGAUUAUCAGGUAAUGGCUCAUUUGGAGAGAGUCUGGACAUUGGACUGUUGAGCCCACGAGCGACAGGAGAACCUUUGUCCCCGGAAUCGCCCAGUCCUAACCCUCUCACCAUUGCUGAACAAGAAGGAAAGGUGUUAAUCAUGCCGGUUGGGGAUGAGUCCGGAAGGUCCAGUCCUUCACAUCUGCCCAGAGUGACGGAGCAGGAGGAAGAAGACUACGAUGACGACGCAAGUGAAUAUGAUGAUUAG